AUGAGUUCCCCCGUGAAAGCUGACGGCAAGCUCUCUGAGCUCAAGACGGCGGAUGUUAGACUGCUGGUUUAUGGCACCCUGUGCCACGAUGGCAAGAUCGACUUUGAGAAGCUCGCAGGUCUCGCUGGCAUGAAGAAAACUUCUGCCAACACCAACUAUUGGCGUGCUAAGCACCACCUUCAACAGAUUCUUGAUGGAAACCCGGAGUCUUCCACCCAGACCGUCCGUCCCAAGAGUGAGGACGCUGACGCUGGUUCAACUAAGAAGCCCCGCCCUGGUGCCAAGCGCGGUGCGGCCAAAGACGCGUCUAUCAAGAAGGAGCCUUCCAAGCGUCGCAAGACCGUCACCAAGGCCGCCUCUGAGCCCGUCAAGUCCGCCCACGCCGAGGAGACCGAUGACACCACCCCGGCGGACAUCGCUGAUCAGACUAAGUAG